AUGUCAACCUCUUCAACCCGGACCCUGUCUUCCAAGGAAGCUAACCUCCUCCCCACUUUCCCAAUUCCUUCCCUCCCUUCUCUCUCUCAACCAUUACAGGGCGUCGUGCCGCCUAAUGUCAACCUCGUCAACCCAGAUCCUGUCUUCCAAGGAAGCUUCCUGCCGACGGCAGCAGCAGCAUCAAAGCCCAUGAGGGCUGUUAUGAGCAACUCCACAUCCAUCUUUCCCCAAGGAGCUCACCCCCUUUCACCAAGCACACACCCAUCUUUCCCCAAGGAGCUCACCCCCACACACCCAUCUUUCCCCAAGGAGCUCACCAAUGAUUCCCCCUUGCGCUCAUCCCUCAUCAUUCCUUUGACACGCGCAUUACCCAGCAUCCAUGAUUCUCCCAGCGCACACCCAACAAUCCCCCCACACUCACCCCUCUUUUCCCCCACGCUCACCCCUCUUUCCCCCCACGCUCACCCCUCUUUCCCCUCACGCUCACCCCUCUUUCCCCUCACGCUCACCCCUCUUUCCCCUCACGCUCACCCCUCUUUCCCCCCACGCUCACCCCUCUUUCCCCUCACGCUCACCCCUCUUUCCCCUCACGCUCACCCCUCUUUCCCCUCACGCUCACCCCUCUUUCCCCUCACGCUCACCCCUCUUUCCCCUAAUGCUCACCCCUCUUUCUCCUCACGCUCACCCCUCUUUCCCCUCAAGCUCACCCCUCUUUCCCCCCACGCUCACCCCUCUUUCCCCCCACGCUCACCCCCUCUUUCCCCCCAUGCUCACCCCCUCUUUCCCCCCACGCUCACCCCUCUUUCCCCGAGGAUCUCACCCAUAAUUCCCCCUUGCCCAUCACUCAUCAUUCCUUUGACCCAUGCAUUACUCUCCCAGCGCUCACCCAAGAGAUCCCCGCACUCUCUUUUGAGGCGACUCAGGAGUCGCCCAUAA